CCGCCGCCGACCCCGCUUAUGCAUUCUGCAGGGGUUUGUUCAGGUCGAGCGGGUGCUGGCGGCGUGUGUGGCGGGAGGGCGGCCCCGGCGGCCAGUAACCCCUCCCCCGGGGGCGAGGCCGGGCGCGCGCCCGCCCGAGCCGGGGCUGGAGCUCCGCGGGCGGGGAAGGGAAGAGGAAGGGGGAAGAGAGUGGGAGAGAGGAGGCCGCCGGUGCGCGGCGAGGAGGCGGGGAACUCGGCUCGGCCCGCGCCGGGCAGCUCCCCCGCCGGCUGCAGGUGGAGUUCGCGGAGGUGGCGGUUCCCGCAGCCGCCGUCGCCGUCGCCACCUCCUCUCCAGGGGCCGCUUUCCCCGCCCCGAGGGCGCCGGCCGGGGGCACCCGGUGCCCGCGGACCCGGGCGCCGGGGCCGCAGCUCGCCAGCCGUCCCCCGACUGCGCCUCCGCGCCUCGCCCAUGGCUGAGGGCCGGCGGCGGGAGGACGAGGAGGAAGAGCUGCGCGAGCGCCGCGAGGUCGGGGGCCCGCGCCGCGCCCGAGGCCGUGCGCUCUCGGGCCACCCGGCCGCAGACCGCAACGAACGAAAUAAACCAGAGCAUCGUUCUUCAAGCCAAGGACCCUUGUCAUCCAUUCGAGCCGUAAUCAAGAGAUCUUCUCGGACUUCUAUUCAGAGUGAAGUUCAUCGAGAUAGGAGGCGCCCAGAGAUCACCAUCGUGGCGGCUGAGCCUCUGAGGCCAGCCUCGUGGUUUCCAGGAGCCCCACCUCCAGGACUGGGAUUUCCUCCGACUCCUGCCACCAGCCCGUGGAGGCCGAAUGAGCUGGUUCCUGCUGAGCUCCCGCCCUCCUAUGAACAAGUCAUAAAAGAAAUCAACCAAGUUCAAGUUAACACUACAAAUAAUAAUAAUGCUGCUGCCACUCCAAGGCACACUAUCACUUCUGCAACUCAGACUGACUUUUCAGAAGACAUAGACAACGAUCUGCCUCAAACACUACCGGCGCCUCUCAAGCCUCUUCAGCCUUCCCCAGCGACCUCACCCUGCGAUCUCCCAACAAACGUAGCCCCUUUAAUAGUCUUUGAUGUUUCUGAAGAACCGAGUUGUCCGGAAAACCCCACUGCUACAAGAUGCCCAGUGCCAAAACCAAGAUCAAAAAGCAACCUCAGACCAGUAGCUAAAACUCAACAGAAAAUCAGCCCAGCAGCCCCGGAAGAGGGGCCGUCCCCAGGCCCGCCCCAGCGCCUGCUGGACGGUACCGGCGACCUAGAGAGCCAGGCGCGGAUGCACACGAUGAGCACAGAACAGAGCCAAACUAGCAUCGUUUCCAGAAUCAAAGCAUUUGAGGGGCAGACCAGCGCGGAAAGCUCGGGCCUGCCCAAGAAACCAGAGAUUACCCCCCGCACGCUGCCCCCGAAGCCUGCAGUUUCCUCAGGGAAACCGUCCGUGGCCCCCAAGCCAGCUGCUAACCGAGCUUCUGGAGAAUGGGACUCCUGGACCGAAAGCAGACUCAAGGCGACCUCCAGGGAAGGGUCCCCGUUCUCGUCACAAGAACCGGGAAGUGUGCCAGUAACCAAACCUGAAUUGCCAAAGAAACCAACUCCUGGCCUUAUACGAAGUGUUAAUCAUGAGAUUCCGGGAGGAGGGCCCCUGGCCGAUAAUCCAGAUGCCGGGAAGAAAGUCCCAACUCCCGCCCCGCGGCCCUUGCUGCCCAAGAAAUCGAUCUCCUCGGAAAACCCCGCCUGCUCCUCAGCCCCACCGAAGCCAGCCCCUGCCCCUCCCCGACUCUCGGUGGCCUCACAAGCCAAAGCAUUCAGGUCACUGGGAGAGGGGCCCGCGGCCAGCCCCCCAGUUCCAGCUCUGCAGAGCAAGUCCCUGGGGGACAUUGACCUCAUCAGCUUUGAUGACGAUGUGUUGCCCGCCUCACCUGGGAGCCUGGCUGAAGAAUCCAUCGGCUCAGAGGUGGUUCUAGAUCCCUUUCAGCUCCCCACAAAAACUGAACCAACAAAAGAAAGAACACUUCAACCAGCAACGGCCAGGAAGCCCACUGUGAUUCGAAUUCCAUCCAAACCAGGAAAAUGUUUACAUGAGGAUCCGCAAAGCCCACCUCCACUCCCUGCUGAAAAACCUAUUGGAAACACUUACAGCACAGUACCUGGAAAACCCAGUGACGUUGACAGAACUAGAAACUUGGAAUCCAACCACGCUGGUGAGACUGGAGGUUUUAUACGAGGACCCCCAAGGUUGCCACCAAGACCUGUAAAUGGAAAGCCCACUCCAGCGAGACGGCCUCCUCCCAAAGGAGCCCCCGAGAGGCCACCUCCGCCCAAACUCUCUGCAACCCGAACAUCAAGUAAAAAGCUGCCUUUUAAUCGGUCCUCUUCUGACAUGGAUCUUCAGAAAAAACAAAGUCACUUGGCAUCUGGGCUCUCAAAAACCAAGAGUCAAGUCUUUAAAAAUCAAGAUCCGGUGCUACCCCCUCGUCCCAAACCAGGACACCCUCUCUACAGGAAAUACAUGCUGUCUGUGCCUCACGGAAUUGCCAAUGAAGACAUUGUCCCGCAAAACCCCGGAGAACUCACUUGUAAGCGCGGGGACGUACUUGUGAUGCUGAAGCAGGCAGAAAAUAAUUACUUGGAAUGCCAAAAGGGAGACAGGACUGGCAGAGUUCACGUGUCCCAGAUGAAGAUUAUCACUCCUCUUGAUGAACAUCUUAGGAGCAGACCCAACGAUCCACUAAGCCUUGCUCAGAAACCUGUGGACAGUGGGGCUCCUCAUGCUGUCAUUCUUCAUGAUUUCGCUGCAGAGCAAGCUGAUGAUUUGAAUCUCACAUCUGGAGAAAUUGUUUAUCUUCUUGAAAAAAUAGACACAGACUGGUACAGAGGGAAAUGUAGAAACCAGACUGGUGUAUUUCCUGCCAACUAUGUCAAAGUAAUCGUUGAUAUUCCAGAAGGAGAAAAUGGGAAAAGAGAAUCGGUUUCAUCUCAUUGUGUUAAAGGUACAAGAUGUGUUGCUCGGUUUGAAUAUAUUGGAGACCAGAAGGAUGAGUUAAGUUUCUCAGAGGGAGAGAUAAUUAUUCUUAAAGAGUACGUGAAUGAGGAAUGGGCGAGAGGAGAACUUCGAGACAGAACUGGGAUCUUCCCCCUUAAUUUUGUGGAACUUGUUGAGGAUCAUUCCACCUCUGGUGCAAAUGUUUUAAGCACAAAGGUACCACCAAAGACCAAAAAAGAAGAUUCUGGCUCACGUUCUCAGGGUGACCGCCUUUCUGGAGAGUGGUGCAGAGCCCUCCACAGUUUCACAGCGGAAACCGGCGAGGACUUGUCCUUCACCCGGGGGGACCGGAUCCUGAUCCUCGAGCGUCUGGACUCCGACUGGUGCCGGGGCAGACUGCGUGACAGGGAGGGGAUCUUCCCGGCAGCUUUCGUGCAGCCCUGCCCAGCUGAGGCAAAAAGUACGUCCGCCAUAUCACUGAAGGGAAGAAAGGCCAAAGCCUUGUAUGAUUUCCAGGGGGAGAAUGAAGAUGAGCUCUCCUUCAAGGCUGGAGAUGUAAUAACAGAGCUGGAAUCUGUAGAUGACGACUGGAUGAGUGGAGAACUAAUGGGAAAAUCUGGAAUAUUUCCCAAAACCUACGUUCAGAUCCUACAAGCCAGCUGAAGGUGAAGCUCCACUGUCCCCUGGCACAAAAACUCACUUGAAGCAUCACUUUGACUAUCAGAUGUUUUUGCACUAUUUUUUUAAACAGAAAGAGAAAUACCUAAGGUGUACAUGACACACUAGAAUUUUCUGGAAGCAGAAAACUUCUAGAUUUUGUAGUUAGCUCUCCUCCACGGCAGGAGCGUGCACAUGGAAACCCAGCAAGCUGGGAAUCCAUCCAGGAAGACACCUGGGGGGAUUAGCAAGGCAGAUGCACGUGUCCUGGGGGAGAGUGUCUGGGGAUGCAGCCGCAUGGGGAGGCUGCAAACCCCAGCUGCACUUAGACGUGUGUUUUAAUGGGCACAAACGCAUUAACCAUGCUUCUUCGUUUUUCACUUUAGUUUAAAAAGAGGACGUUUGACAUUCUACAUGCUGUAACUAUCAGGACAUGG